AUGUCAGAAGAUCCAACUGACAUAUUCGAUAGUUCUUUAUCAUCUCUGUUUUCAAUAGCACCUAUCGGAUUCUCACCGUCUUCAGAUGAUGGUUACUAUACUUAUCAUCUGCCUUCCCCUCCUUCCUCUUCUUCUCCCUCGUCAGUUUCCCCCUUAACACCAUCAAUCAGAUCGAUAAGAUUGAAAUUACCUCAACCACCACCGAGCUUAUACACGACAUUACAAGCACAACUCAUAUGGCCAUCUGCGAUCUACUUGGCAGAUCUACUUUCCAAAGAGAUCAUCGAUGUCAAAGGUAAACGAAUUGUUGAAUUAGGUUCAGCAGCUGGUUUGCCAGGUAUCAUAUCUUCUAUCCAAGGCUGUCAACAUGUUGUAUCGACCGAUUACGGCGUAGAAGAAGUUCUCUCAGUCUUGAAAGAUAAUUUCAGUGAAGCAACGGCUCAUACCCAGGCUCACGGUCAACAAACAAACAAUUGGAAAGUUUUAGGUCAUUGUUGGGGUGACGAUGUAAAACCACUCCUUUCAGCUUCUUCUCCUUCCCCGGACCCAACUAUAGGAUCAUCGAUUCUUACGAAUGAUCGGAAAGAUAAUGGGAAAUUUGAUGUUGUCCUUGCAGCCGAUGUUUUAUGGACAACAUCUUCGCAUUCCCUUCUACUGGAUUCUAUCACAGCUUUAAUCAGCGAAGGCGGUAUAGCUCACAUAACAGCCGGUUUACAUACUGGUAGAGGACCAAUUGAGCGAUUCAUAGCCUCGGCUGAGGAAAAAGGAUUCAAAGUCACUUCAAAAGGAGAAGUCAGAUUGAUUAGUGAUCGUGAAUGGGAAGAAUACAAUGAGAAUAUGGGUAAAAUAGGUGAAGAAGAAAGAGGGGUCGUACUCUGGUUGACACUUGAGUCGAUUUAA